CCAGUGUUAAAGUUCGUUUAGGCCUAGUUGUCCUAUUUUUACCGGUUGAUGCAUGUCUCCAGUCUCAUUAAUAUUCCGACGGCUUAUCCCAUACAGUAGUAAAUCUUAUCUUAAACAAAGUCAAAGAAGUUUCUGGAAUUUCAUAUCACAAGGAAAAAAUAUGGGCGACAUUAAGAAAACUAUCGAAGCAAGGAUUGCAGGGAAAAAAGUAGUCAUAAUUUCCAAAUCGUACUGUCCUUUUUGUGUAAAAGCAAAAAAGGUUUUCCAAGAUGAAUACUUGAAACCGGGUCUUUUGAAAGAAGACGAAUAUGAUGUUAUGGAAAUUGAUAAUGACCCCAAUUGUGAAGAAAUUCAGCAACUUAUGUCGCAAAUGACUGGAGCACGUUCGGUACCCCGUGUUUUUAUUAAUGGAAAUUGCAUUGGUGGUGGUGAUGAAACAGUUCAACUUCACAGUCAAGGCAAACUCAAGGCUUUAUUAUAGUGUACUAUACAUUUGUUUUCUUGUUACUGAUGUGUAUCUCACUACUGCUGUAUUUUAUACAUGUAGGCCUACCUCUACAAUUCUUAUAAACCUAUAUAACAAUUUUAUCAAGCAAUAAUGAUACUGACAAUUACUUUUGAUUAAAUCUUGUACUGAGUAUUUUGUUUUUUUAAUGAUUUAAUUGAUUUAAAAAGGCAUUAGGUAAGAUCAGAUAAGAGCUGACAGAUAUAUAAAUAUAUAAUGAACUUUUUUACUAUCAUUUGAUCUAUAUCAUUGUACACCUAUUAUAAUCAAAAAAUAUGUGCAAUUUAAUAAAUGUCAAUUGUUUGUUAAUUUACAA